AUGGCCUCGCACCACCUCAUGGGCCUCGUUGCCCGAGCAGAUGACAGUAUCCCUGACUUCACCGACCCGUGGCCAACAAAAGACAUCGUCUAUGUCUCCAUCAUCGCCCCUCUCAUGCUCAUGGCCCUGCUCGAGUGGUUUCUCUGGGUCGCCGCGUUCAUGUACUGCAUCGUCAAGGUCUUCCAAAAGGCAGAGACCAUGAGCGUGCGCAUUCUCUACAUCUCCCACCCACAAAAAACUGCUUCUGACAGCAACAGUGCCAUCUUCUUGCCCAUCAUGGUCGUCACCCUGCCGCUCCCCCCGCAGGUCACCAAAUACUUUCCCCAGGAAAUGGUUAGCUUCCUCCAGUGGUUUGCCUUUUGGUCUUUUGCUGGUCUCCUGACGGUUCCUUGGCUGUUCUGCGUCUACCAACUAGUCACCCACUCGGUUGGCCGCUCCCGCAGGAUCAAGUCGGUCCUUGACGAGUCGUCGGCUCCCAAGGUCGUCAUUGUCAUGCCCUGCUACAAGGAGAUUCCUGAGAUUCUGCUGCGAACUUGCGAUUCGCUCGUCGACUGUGAAUAUCCACCUUCUUGCCUGCACAUUUUCCUCUCGUUCGACGGAGACCAGGAGGACGAGCUCUACCUCAACACCAUCGAGAAGCUCGGUGUGCCCCUUACUCUCGACUCGUACCCAAAGUCCAUCGACGUCAUCUACCGUAGCUGCCGUAUCACAAUCUCGCGUUUCCCUCACGGUGGAAAGCGUCACUGCCAGAAGAGGACCUUUAAGCUGAUUGACAAGAUCUACACCGAGUACCUCAAGCGCAACGACAACCUGUUCGUGCUCUUCAUCGACUCCGACUGUAUCCUCGACAAAACGUGCAUUCAGAACUUCAUGUACGAGAUGGAGCUCAAGCCUGGUAGCAAGAAGAACAUGUUGGCUCAGACUGGUGUCAUUACAUCGACAACCGAGAAGCAGUCCCUCAUCACUCUUCUCCAGGACAUGGAAUACGUUCACGGUCAACUAUUUGAGCGUUCGGUCGAAUCUGGUUGCGGUGCUGUCACCUGCUUGCCCGGUGCUCUUACUAUGCUUCGAUUCUCGGCCUUCCGCAAAAUGGCAAAGUACUACUUCGCUGACAAGGCCGAGCAAUGUGACGACCUCUUCGAUUACGGCAAGUGCCACUUGGGCGAGGACCGUUGGCUCACCCACUUGUUCAUGGUCGGCGCCAAGGAACGCUAUCAGAUCCAGAUGAACCCCGGUGCUUUCUGCAAGACUGAAGCUGUGCAAACCUACCAAUCGCUGCUCAAGCAACGUCGCCGCUGGUUCCUGGGUUUCAUCACCAACGAAGUGUGCAUGUUGACUGACAUCCGUCUCUGGAAGCGCUACCCCAUCCUUCUCGUCGUUCGCUUCAUGCAGAAUACCAUCCGAACAACUGCCCUCCUCUUCUUCAUCCUGUGCAUUUCUCUCAUGACCACUUCGCAAGCAGUCAAGAACUUGCCUGUUGGUUUCAUCGCCAUCUCCCUUGGACUCAACUGGCUUCUCAUGUUGUACUUUGGUGCCAAGCUCGGCCGCUACAAGAUCAUGUUGUACCCCCUCAUGUUCGUCAUCAACCCCUUCUUCAACUGGAUGUACAUGGUCUACGGUAUCUUCACUGCCGGUCAGCGUACAUGGGGAGGUCCUCGUGCUGAUGCUGGAACUGCCGAUGCCAAAACAACUCCCCAGGAAGCUAUUGAGAAUGCAGAGGCCAACGGUGAUGAUCUCAAUGUCGUUCCCGAGACAUUCAAGGCUGCCGCCGAGGCCAAGAAGUCCCACGCCGGCGGUGCCCCUCUCCAGCCCUCAGACAACAUCGAUGGACGCUUUGCUGCUGCAGAGCGCUUGCCCAAUGGAUGGUACCAGCAAGGCAACGACUCUGGUCUCACUCUGCCUAACACCAUGCCCCGCAACCCCAACGUCCCUCACGUUCCUCUGCACCCACGUACUUCGAUGGAUUCGUUCGCCUCCUACGACACUUCUGCCAACAACUCGGUCUACCUCCCCCGUCGUGUCGAGAGUUUCAUGGAUCCCGAAGAUGCCCGUGUAUACCACAAGACGCAACAAACUCAGAAGCCUGCUGGUGGUGCCUUCUUCGAGGAGCCUCGCACUGGACCUUACCAAGUCGGUGCCGGCGCUAGCAAGGGCAUGUACAGCGAGUCUGUUGACUCAGUCGACGACGACUCAGUCUACAACUCUAAGAACACCCAACAACUGGGACAAUCGCGCACCUCACCUCUCUCCGCUGGACAGAAGUCUCCUCUCGAGUCGCCAAAGCCAUCAUACAACCGCUCAAACAGCAUGGACCAACGACAGGGACGCAGUCCUCUUGCGUACCAGAGCUACGUCCAGACUACACCAGGCGAUGACAUUGAGCUUCAGGCCCCUCAACAGAGCAGUCUGAUGCGCGACGUAUCACCUGCGCCACUUGGCCAGCCCGUCAUCCCUGCCGCAAGCCACGGACGCAGUGAUUCGACUGACUCCAAGAAGCGAAACAGGCUCAGCAAGCAGAAGCCUAGCAAAUAA